AUGGAUUCUCAUAAUAUUACUCAAAAUGACAACGAUAAUAUAGAAGAAGUACAGAAAUAUAUUAGUGAAGUAAUCUCAAAUACACCUAAAGCUAUAAAUUUUCUUACAUAUUUUGAAAAAAAACAAAAAAAUGAAGUUGAGGAUAUUAUAAGUGUUAUUAAUAAUCCACUUUCUAGCAAUACUAAACAAUAUCAAUUGGAAAUAAAAAUAAAAAAAGACGCCAAACAAAUAUCUAAAGCAUGUUAUUAUAUUUUAAAAGGAAAUAAACAUACAAAAAUAGUUAUAGCAACAUAUAUGAGUGAACUUAAAGUAGAUCCUAAAGCAUCAUCAUCUCAAAAAAUUUUUACACUUCAGGUAAAUACCGAACAAAAAUUUGAUAAGGAUGUAAUAUUCGAUUAUGUGAUUACGAAAUAUAUUCUAGAUACGAUGAAAAUCGAACAUAAUGAUGAAAAAUAUUUGGAAGCCAAGGAACUACUUAAUAGAACAAUAUCAACUCUUGUUUUAUUUACGAAUCUUGCUUUAUACCAAAAAAAUUGUACCAAUGAUGCAUAUAAUAACUUGAGUUCACCAAAAAAUGAUGUUUUAGAAAAAUAUGUUCAAGAUGCUUUAAAAGAAAUAGCUCAAAACUUCAUCAAGAAUCACACACUUGAAGCAGACACAGGCAUAGAAAAAGUAAAAAAAUUUAUAGAAACCACAGAGAAUGAUAUGCAUAAUCGUAUACCUGGAAUUACGUAUAUGUAUAUCUAUCAUGUUACUAAAAAAAAUAUAAUUGAAAAUAACAAAACCAGCUCAAUACAUAUAUACUAUCAUAUAUUCAACGCAUAUCUUCAAGAGAAAGAUGCUAAAAGCAUAUAUUCAAUAAUUGGAGAUACAAAAUUGAUUGCUAUACCGUUGUACAUUUUACUUAAUACUAUUAUUAUCGAGUAUAAUUUUACUGAAUUUGUUAAAAAUAAUGUGAAUGUAAAAGAUAUUGAAUGUUUCCAAAACUUAAAACCAGCAAUCAAAAAUGUAUUAGGAAAACAAUAUGAAUCAUGCAUAGCUGAUUGGAAUGACUAUAACAAAGUAAAUUAUGGUCUUGAAUUCUUUCUAGAUAAAAGUGAUCCGAAAAAUGUAAAAGAAUCUAACCUAAUUAAAUUACUUAAAGAACUAGAAACCACAUAUCCAGGUCUGAUAAGUUUUAUGCAAAUACAGCUAAAGCCUACCACGGGUCUUACUCCUAAACUUAAUAAUAUUGAAGGUGCAGAAAAGGAUAAACUCAAAAUAAUAAUAGACAAAAGUUAUCAGCACAUUGAAGCAGGAGUUGUAAAUGAUAUCCCAGAUAUAAAAAUUAAUGCAGCAACAGGAGAAACCUUUACUAAAAAUCUUCAAGAAGCCAAAUAUUUAGAUUUUUUUAAGAGGAAUCCUCUGAGUUUUAUUAUGCUAUUCAUACUUAGUUAUUCAUUAAUUAAGAAUAAAAAUAGUGAUAAUAUCUCAGCGAGUGCUUCCAGAAGUUAA